AAAGUUUAAUCUUUUAUAGGUAUCUUUUCAAUGAUGCUGAAGUAAAACCAUUUGAUUCUGCUCAGCUUGCUUCUGAAUGUUUUGGUGGAGAAAUGACUACCAAGACAUAUGAUUCUGUCACUGAUAAAUUUAUGGACUUCUCCUUUGAAAAGACACAUAGUGCGUACAUGCUGUUUUAUAAACGGAUGGAACCAGAGGAGGAAAAUGGCAGAGACUACAAGUUUGAUGUUUCAUCAGAGUUGCUGGAGUGGAUAUGGCAUGAUAACAUGCAGUUUCUUCAAGACAAGAACAUUUUUGAACAUACAUAUUUUGGGUUUAUGUGGCAGUUGUGUAGUAGCAUUCCAAGCACAUUACCAGAUCCAAAAGCAGUUUCCCUAAUGACAGCAAAGUUAAGCACUUCCUUUGUUCUGGAGACAUUUAUCCAUUCAAAAGAAAAGCCCACAAUGCUUCAGUGGAUUGAACUGUUAACAAAGCAGUUUAAUAACAGUCAGGCAGCUUGUGAGUGGUUUUUGGAUCGGAUGGCUGAUGAUGAUUGGUGGCCAAUGCAGAUUCUAAUCAAGUGUCCCAAUCAAAUUGUGAGGCAGAUGUUCCAGCGCUUGUGUAUUCAUGUGAUACAAAGACUGAGGCCAGUGCAUGCACAUCUGUAUCUACAACCAGGAAUGGAAGACUGUUCGGAUGACAUGGAUGGUCCUGUGGAAGACAUUGGUAGCCGCUCAUGUGUAACUCGCUUUGUGAAGACGCUCUUGUCAAUUAUGGAGCAUGGUGUUAAACCUCACAGUAAACAUCUCACGGAAUACUUUGCAUUUCUUUAUGAAUUUGCCAAAAUGGGAGAAGAAGAGAGUCAGUUCUUGCUUUCAUUGCAAGCCAUAUCAACAAUGGUGCAUUUCUACAUGGGAACUAAAGGACCUGAAAAUCCGCAAGUUGAAGUGCUAUCUGAAGAGGAAGGAGAGGAGGAGGAGGAGGAAGAAGACAUUCUUUCAUUAGCAGAAGAAAAAUACAGACCUGCUGCACUUGAAAAGAUGAUUGCCCUGAUUGCUCUUCUGGUUGAACAGUCUCGCUCAGAAAGGCACUUGACUUUGUCACAAAACGACAUGGCAGCAUUAACAGGAGGGAAGGGUUUUCCUUUCUUGUUUCAACAUAUCCGUGAUGGCAUCAAUAUCAGGCAAACCUGCAAUCUCAUUUUCAGCCUGUGUCGGUACAAUAAUCGACUUGCGGAACACAUUGUGUCCAUGCUUUUCACAUCUAUAGCAAAGUUGACUCCUGAGGCAGCCAAUCCUUUUUUCAAAUUGCUGACCAUGCUAAUGGAGUUUGCUGGCGGUCCUCCAGGAAUGCCACCCUUUGCUUCUUACAUCCUGCAGAGGAUAUGGGAGGUGAUUGAAUACAAUCCAUCUCAGUGCCUGGAUUGGCUGGCAGUGCAGACACCUCGAAAUAAACUAGCACACAGUUGGGUGCUGCAAAAUAUGGAGAACUGGGUUGAACGUUUUCUUUUGGCACACAAUUAUCCUAGAGUGAGAACUUCUGCAGCCUACCUUUUGGUGUCACUUAUUCCAAGCAAUUCAUUCCGUCAAAUGUUCCGAUCAACUCGAUCCUUGCAUAUCGCUACACGUGACCUGCCUCUCAGUCCAGAUACUACAGUAGUUCUUCAUCAAGUCUACAAUGUACUUCUUGGCCUGCUUUCAAGAGCAAAACUGUAUGUUGAUGCUGCUGUUCACGGCACUACUAAACUGGUGCCCUACUUUAGUUUCAUGACUUACUGUUUAAUCUCAAAAACUGAGAAACUUAUGUUUUCCACAUAUUUCAUGGACUUGUGGAACCUUUUCCAGCCUAAACUUUCUGAGCCAGCUAUAGCCACCAACCACAACAAACAGGCUUUGCUCUCUUUUUGGUAUAACGUAUGUGUUGACUGCCCAGAGAAUGUACGCCUUAUUGUACAGAAUCCUGUGGUGACAAAGAACAUUGCCUUCAAUUACAUUCUAGCAGACCAUGAUGAUCAGGAUGUGGUGCUCUUUAACCGUGGGAUGCUGCCUGCCUAUUAUGGCAUUCUGCGAUUAUGCUGCGAACAGUCACCUGCAUUCACAAGACAGCUGGCUUCUCAUCAAAAUAUCCAGUGGGCCUUUAAGAAUCUCACACCACAUGCCAGUCAAUACCCAGGAGCAGUAGAAGAGCUGUUUAACCUCAUGCAACUGUUUGUAGCUCAGAGGCCAGAUAUGAGAGAAGAGGAGAUAGAAGACAUAAAGCAAUUUAAGAAAACAACCAUAAGCUGUUAUCUGCGCUGCUUGGAUGGACGGUCUUGUUGGACUACUUUAAUAAGUGCCUUCAGAAUAUUAUUAGAAUCUGAUGAAGACAGACUUCUUGUUGUGUUUAAUAGAGGCUUAAUCCUGAUGACUGAGUCCUUUAACACGUUGCACAUGAUGUAUCAUGAGGCCACAGCUUGUCACGUGACUGGAGACCUAGUGGAACUUUUGUCAAUAUUCCUUUCGGUCCUUAAAUCAACACGGCCAUAUCUUCAGAGAAAAGAUGUGAAGCAAGCGCUAAUCCAGUGGCAGGAGCGAAUUGAAUUUGCCCAUAAACUCUUAACUCUGCUAAAUUCUUACAGUCCUUCAGAACUUAGAAAUGCUUGCAUUGAUGUCCUCAAGGAGCUUGUGCUUUUAAGCCCUCAUGAUUUCCUGCACACUUUGGUUCCAUUUCUGCAGCACAACCAUUGUACAUACCACCACAGUAAUAUCCCAAUGUCUCUUGGACCUUAUUUCCCCUGUCGUGAAAAUCUGAAAUUAAUAGGAGGGAAAAGUAAUAUCCGUCCUCCUCGUCCUGAACUCAAUAUGUGCCUCUUGCCUACGAUGAUGGAAGCCAGCAAGGGUAAAGAUGAUGUUUAUGAUCGUAUGCUUCUAGACUACUUCUUUUCGUACCACCAGUUCAUCCAUCUAUUAUGUCGAGUUGCAAUCAACUGUGAAAAGUUUACUGAAACUUUAGUUAAGAUGAGUGUCCUCGUUGCUUAUGAAGGUUUACCACUUCAUCUUGCAUUGUUUCCCAAACUUUGGACUGAGCUGUGCCAGACUCAGUCUGCUGUGUCAAAGAACUGUAUUAAACUCCUGUGUGAAGAUCCAGUUUUUGCAGAAUAUAUUAAAUGUAUUCUAAUGGAUGAAAGAACCUUUCUUAACAACAAUAUUGUGUACACAUUCUUGACGCACUUUCUUCUAAAGGUCCAGGGGCAGGUAUUUUCUGAAGCAAACUGUGCCAAUUUAAUCAAUACUCUGGUUACAAAUCUGAUAAAUCAAUAUCAAAGCCUGGAAUCUGAUUUCAGCAGCCAGCGAGUUGAAAUUUCCAAAGCAAGCUCUACCUUAAAUGGGGACCUUCGAGCACUUGCUUUGUUGCUUUCAGUGCACACCCCUAAGCAGCUGAAUUCGGCCCUGAUUCCAACUUUGCAAGAACUGCUAAACAAAUGCAGAGCUUGUCAACAACAGAGGAACUCAUUACAAGAGCAAGAAGCCAAAGAAAGAAAAACUAAAGAUGAUGAGGGAGCUACUCCUGUAAAAAGAAGACGGGUUAGCAGCGAUGAGGAGCAUACUGUAGACAGCUGCAUCAGUGAUAUGAAAACUGAACCAAGGGACGCAUUGACUCCAACAAGCACUUCCGAUAAUGAGACAAGAGACUCUUCUAUCAUUGAUCCUGGCACUGAGCAAGAUCCUCCUUCCCCUGAAAAUAGUUCUGUUAAAGAAUACAGAAUGGAAGUUCCAUCUUCCUUUUCAGAAGACAUGAUGUUAACUACCAGGUCACAACACACAGAAGAGCAGUCAGGCAAUGGUAAAUUUGAAGAGUGCAAGGAAUUUAAAGAUCUGCAGAGUUCCAAGGAUCCCAAUGCAGUUGAGGAUGACUCAGAGUUCCCUUCCACAUCAAUUUCAGCAGUUUUAUCUGACCUAGCAGAUCUAAGAGGCUGCGAUGGUCAAGCCUUACCAUCCCAGGACCCUGAAAAUAGUUUAUCAAUCAGUUGUGGCCAUUCCAGAGGACUUUUUAGUCACAUGCAGCAGCAUGACAUUUUAGACAUCCUGUGUAGGACCAUUGAGUCUACGAUUCAUGUGGUCACAAGGAUAUCUAGCAAAGGAAACCAAGCUGCUUCUUGACAUUAGAUGGAGCAUGUCUGCUUUUAAGGUUUUUUGUUUUCUUUUUUUUCCCCCCAAAAAAUGCUGUUUGUAUAAGUUUUGCUUAUUUCUGUUUUGUGCUUCAGUUUGUCCAGUGCUCUCUGCUUGAAUGGCAAAAUAGAUUUAUAUGCUUAAUUCUUGGUCAGGCAGAAUUCCAGAUUAAAACAUUUUUUGCAUCUACCGUACUUUUCUUAAAGGGCAAUCAGAUAAUGGAUAUGUUUUAUGUAAUUAAGAGUUCACUGUAGUGGCUUUCAUUUAAUAUGGCUGUAUGGGAGAACAGGGCCUCCUUGCCCUGUAUGAUGUAAUUUAAACUUAUGGCAUUUUUACUGUGUAUAAUAUGGUGUCCUCUGUGCCAGUUUUGUACCUUAUAAUAGAGGCAGAUUGCCUCAGAUCGCUGUGGUUCUUAUUAUCAAAAUUAAGUUUACUUGUAUACUAAACAACCACAAGAAAUUUGAUUCUGUAAAGAAUCCUCUUUAGCUGUGGCCUGGCAGUAUAUAUAUGGUGCUUUAUUUAACAGAAUACCUGUGGAGGAAAUAAAGCACACUUGAUGUAAAAUUAAUUGUUUUAUUUUUAUUGACAUGAUCAAUCGCUAUUCUGUGCAUUUCAUUAAACUGAUUGUGAUGACUUUUCAUUUGUUUACA